AAAACUGGAUAAUCCGAGGCAUAUUUACGUAUGUGAUGAUAGGUGGAUUUUGUCUGAUUAUUUAUGGUGGCCCAUUGGCUCUCAUGCUCACGACGCUGAUCGUACAAGUAAAAUGUUUCGAAGAAAUCAUCAACAUUGGUUAUGCUGUAUAUAGAAUUCAUGGUUUGCCUUGGUUCCGCUCUCUCUCAUGGUACUUCUUAAUAACUUCCAAUUACUUUUUCUACGGAGAGAACUUGAUGGACUAUUUCGCUGUCGUGAUUAAUCGCACGGAUUAUCUGCGAGUUCUCGUGACCUAUCAUCGCUUUAUUUCGUUCUGUCUCUACAUCGUUGGUUUUGUUUGGUUCGUUUUAUCCCUCGUGAAAAAAUACUACAUGAAACAAUUUUCUCUCUUCGCAUGGACUCACGUGGCACUUCUUAUAGUUGUAACUCAGAGUUACUUGAUAAUACAAAACAUUUUCGAAGGACUAAUCUGGUUUAUCGUUCCAGUUAGUAUGAUCGUCAUAAAUGACGUGAUGGCUUACGUUUUUGGAUUUUUCUUUGGCAAAACACCUUUAAUUCAAUUGUCUCCUAAAAAGACAUGGGAAGGAUUCAUUGGUGGCGGUUUUGCGACUGUCGUACUUGGACUUUUGAUGGCGUACGUAAUGUGUCAAUACCGCUACUUUGUUUGUCCCAUUGAAUACAGCGAAACUAUUGGUCGAAUGACCAUGGACUGUGAACCAUCAUAUUUAUUUAAACCACAAGAAUAUACUUUGCCAGAAACCAUACAGACUGUAACAAAAUUGAUCAACUCGAAAACUACAAUCACAAUUUAUCCUUUCUUAUUGCACUCUCUGUCGAUGUCAGUAUUUAGUUCUGUAAUAGGACCUUUCGGAGGAUUUUUCGCCAGUGGAUUCAAGAGGGCAUUCAAAAUUAAGGAUUUUGGAGACAUUAUUCCUGGCCAUGGAGGAAUAAUGGACAGGUUCGACUGUCAGUAUUUGAUGGCAACAUUCGUGAACGUUUACAUUUCAUCUUUCAUUCACACCGCCUCUCCACAGAAACUUUUGCAACAGGUUUUCAACUUAAAAGAAGAACAACAGAUGCAACUGUUCCAAGGUCUGAAAGAUUCCCUCGAGCAUCGAGGAUUAGUAAAUGCUUCCUGCUAAAUAAGAUUUCCGACGAACUUUUCAAAAGCACGAAACUGUGUUGAAUACAUAGAUACCUGACAUUAGAACGAUAAUGGGAACUCUACUGUGCCCACUGUCGUGAUCGUCUUUCCGUAAAACGCGAUUAAAUUGGCGUCUUUAGUUUUACGAUUAUCAAACUUUACUUCCAAUUUCGAUCGCCACUCUCAAGUGAAAGAUCGCGAAUUACGAUCAAAUUAUCUUCGUUUUUUAUAAUUAAUUACCACUCAAAGUUUCUCAUUUGCAUUUAACUAUUUCCGCGAUUAAGCCUUGUAGUCACAAACAAUGAGCUUUAACUCUUAAGGAUCGGCCAUCGCAACUCGAAAUCUUCUGCGAAGAUUUUUUCUAUCUACUUAUGUGCGAUAUUUUUCAUCCAUCCUAUUUUUUUACUGAUUGUAAUUGAUUAAUUUUUUCACGCCGGCUGGGAAUUCAUAAUUUGCUUGCCAAAAAUUACCUCAAAGUGGCUUCGAACAUUUUCAAAUUUGAUCUGAACCCAUUUUCUGAGAAAAUCGGUCUCCAGGCAGAAAGAAAAUCGAAAAUUUUCGAAGAUUUGAACAAGGGCUUAGAAGUAAAUUGUGGGUGAUACUAGAGUUCCAGUUACCUAGGUAUUGUAAUAAUUACGAUUAAUUAUUACGCCAAUUGACUUAGAAUCUUUGUCGUGAAUCAUGAUAUAUAAAUGGUAAAAUUAACGCGGAUUGAUUUCCCAGAUUUUAUGUAAUAGAUGUUCACGAAAUUUAAUUCGAUAAGAAUUAAUUGUGCGUGUGUAGUAUGUAUAUCAAUUUUAGGUGAAGUUCGUGCGUAACUCUAAUAAGUAAUGACUUAUUGUUAGUGCAUCAAUUCGCCAAAAAAGUAAUAAUUUCUUUCCAAAGAUAAUGUGCUAUAAAUGUGCAAUAUACGUAGUUUCUUUGGUAAAAAAAAUCGUCUGCGCAGUAACCUCUAUUUUUGUUUGCGCAGUAACCGAAUCUCUUGCGGGUCUUGAUUCUGUUAAAAAAAAAAAAAGAACGAUA